AUGGUUGAGAUAUUUGAUCCUAGCAAGGGCAGAUUCAUUGUACAAGACUUGGUUGGCGAAGUGUGUCUCUCGGUGCCGUGGAUGUUGAGUGCAUCUUGGCCUUGGAGAACCACGGACUGUCGGCAGAAGGUAUUCUCGGUGAGGAAGUACCUGUACUGGGAGAAGGUUCAGCCUCUGGAAGGUGAAUGCGCAUUCAAUCCUAGCUUGUCCAUGGAACCUCUAAUGAGGAAUUGGACUGAAGUUGCAGCCUCAAGGAGAGACAAGUUUGAUUAUGACCAAGGCCGUGGCCGUGGUAACAUCAAGAUUGAAGACAACAUAACCAAGGAGUAUAGGGCGCAGGAGCGCAAAGUACCCGAACCAGAAAAGCCAAAAAUGAAGCCCGCCGUUGGUGCGGCAAAGAAGUCCAAGUUUGCCUCAAACGCGGACGAGAUGAUGAACCUCAUCAUGAAGCGGUGUAUGGAUUACAUACGCAGCGAAAUGAAGGAAAUACCAGAACAAGUAGCCGAGAUUGUUAGAGAAGUUGAACCAAAAUGGUGUGAUGUACAAGCCAGCGGCUGCUGCGCGGCUUCCGGCAACAACGAUGCCGACCUAGAAGUGGAUUCCUUUGAGAAUGGUCCGCCAGAAAAAAAAGAAUUCGUGUACAAGGAUGACUCUGACGGUCUAGAGCCGGUGAUUGAUUUGACACAGCCUGACGAGCCUGUUGUAAACCAGAACAACGAUGAUGAGGAAAAAACACCUGCCAAGUUAAAUGUUGACAAGACAACGAAGCCUACUGAUGAGUGCGGCGCAACACCGGAGAACCCUUGGAUUGAAGGUAAUUCUCCUCGAGCAGAAUCGUCCGACAUUGACAUUUCUGCAAGUUCUAUCGACAGGAUGGUGGGUAAGAGCAAGGGGAAAAAGUCUGCAGCAACCGCAAAAGAAGACGAUGUUAUAUCCGGGAAGCGCCGACGGACUGUUCCCAAGAAAUUUGAAUCCCCCUUUAAACUUGACAAGCCCGCUCUGUUUAGUGACAAUGACAUGGAAGGCUCUGUUAAGGACGAUUUGACACCGGAACUCAUCGAUGCUGCUGUUGCAUUUGUGGAGGCAGCUGCUCGGUCUGAGAAGAAUAUGACAAAAAGAGUUUACUACAAUGAACGUGGCACCUCUGUGACUGUGGAGAGAAUACGACCGGUUAUCGAUGCUUAUCAGACACAUUUGGCUCUGCGCGUUGGUCAUGAUCGGCACCUCUGUCCAGCCUGGAGGUCCAAAUACCUUGUUGAUCGUGCUAAGGCACGAGACAACCCUAAACCGUCGAAAUACAACAUGGAUAGUGCGCUAAGCAGAGCUGGAGCAGUACGUAGGGUUCUGGACGAGUAUACCGUCCGUGAUAAGUCAUUUAUCCCGUUGAACGUCGGCAAUACACACUGGAUCACCGUGGUGAUGCACAACCGCAAGAAAGAAUUCCGAGUUUUUGAUUCGCUCUAUCCUCUCGAGUUCUCUCUCGACACUGUGAAAGCACUGCGACUAGCAAUAGCAAUUGAUAUGGAAGAGGCAAACCGUAUUACACCUGGCAAAUAUCCAGACGUCACUAAGUGGCCUAUCAUACCUCAGAUCGACAUGCCACCACAAGAGGACGGGAACUCUUGUGGCCUUUUUGUGAUUGAAGUUAUGGAGCAUUGGGACGGGGAUCGAUGGACCGCCGAUUUUACCCAGGGCACGGUUAAUGCAAGGAGAAGGCGUCUCAUCGCCGAGUUGGUUCUCUCACCUACCAACACGCUCGAAUGUGUGAAGAACAAAAUCCGCGACAUCGCAAAGAAAAGCAAGGCGUGA